UGUUUUUUAUUUCCCUCCUUCCCAGAGCUAUCCCGUGCUUCUCCCGCUUUUCCCUCCUCCAUCCCCAUCCCACCCUCAGCCAUUGGUGGCGGGGGCUGUGCUGGGGGAGCCCGGGGAUGUUGUAUAAAACCAUCCCCCAGCACCAGCCCCUCCUGCACCCGGAGCGCUGCAGCUCUCCCAGGACAUGCCCAGCAUCCCGGGAAAGGAGCCGUGAGGGGGAACAAACAGCUCCCAAAUUCCCAAGGAGCACCCAAACCCCACGGUCAGCGGGAAGAUCCCAGCAAGACCCCGAGGACAUUCCACCAGCAUCAUGAGGCCUCCUGCCCUGGGCUUCGCUGCCCGCUCCUCAGCAGGAUCCAUCCCGGCUCCCACCGCUCUGGCCAUCCUCCUGAGCUGCCUCUUCUCCGGGACACACAGCCAGACCCCAGGAGCCUUCCAGGAGAGCUCUGUGCCCCUGGAGACGCUCAGCCAGGACCAGCACAGCCUGCUCCAGCCGGGGCUGCUCCGGGCAGCGCCUUCCAACCUCUCUGCGGGCCCCUCGGAGCCGCCGCUGCUGCCCGUGUGCGCCAGGCCCGCCGACAUCNAUGGGGCUGGGAUGGGGCUUCAGGACCUGGUGUCUGGACCAUCCUUUAUCUCUGUCAGGGGAAUGAAAGUUUCCCAGUGCCAGCAGGCCAUGGGGAAGCGCCCAUGGCACAUUCCCAGUGGUGGGAAGCUCAGAGAGCUCUCCCUGCUCUCUGUGGGCUCCCCACAGCUCUGGGUGAGGUGGAUCCUCAUUCCCAAAGCAGCCUGCUAACCUGUGGGUCCUCCCCAGCUCCUGGCCAAGGACUGGCCCUUCGGAGUGCAGGUCUGCAAGCUGGUGCCCUUCAUCCAGAAAGCCUCAGUGGGCAUCACGGUGCUCAGCCUCUGCGCCCUCAGCAUCGACAGGUACCGAGCAGUGGCGUCCUGGAGCCGGAUCCAGGGCAUUGGGAUUCCCAUGUGGAAGGCCGUGGAGGUGCUGCUGAUCUGGGCCGUGGCCAUCGUGCUGGCAGUGCCCGAGGCCAUCGCCUUCGACAUGGUGGAGCUGAGCUACUGGGAGCAGCACCUGUGGGUGUGCAUGCUGGCCUCGGAGCAGAAAUCCCACUUCAUGAGGUUCUACCGGGAUGUGAAGGACUGGUGGCUUUUUGGCUUCUAUUUCUGCCUGCCCUUGGUGUGCACGGGCAUCUUCUACACCCUCAUGUCCUGCGAGAUGCUGAGCAAGAGGAACGGGAUGAGGAUUGCUCUGAAUGACCACAUGAAACGGCGCCGGGAGGUGGCCAAGACCGUCUUCUGCCUGGUGGUGAUCUUCGCGCUCUGCUGGCUGCCCCUGCACCUCAGCCGCAUCCUCAAGAAGACCAUCUACGACCAGACGGACCCCAACCGCUGUGAGCUGCUCAGUUUCCUCCUGGUGAUGGAUUAUUUCGGGAUCAACAUGGCCUCCCUCAACUCCUGCAUCAACCCUGUGGCUCUGUACUUUGUCAGCCGGAAAUUCAAGAACUGCUUCCAGUCCUGCCUGUGCUGCUGGUGCCAAAGGCCGGCCCUGAGCAUCACCCCCACGGAUGAGAAGGGAUCUGUUGGCAAGUGGAAAGCCACGGGCCAGGAGCUGGGGCUGGACCGGAGCAGCUCCCGCCUGAGCAACAAGUACAGCUCUUCCUAAAUCCCUGCCACCAUCAGGGACAAGGCACAAGGACAGCGGGGCCCCUCCGAUCCUCUCCCAGGCUCUUCCUGGCUGGGCCCGAACCAGCUUUGCCUCCGUGUCCUAACCCAGCUGGAAGGAGCUGGAGCAGCUCCAAACCCAGCCCUGACCCCAGCGCUGCAGGACAGGGAAAGGCAUUCACAUGCUCACGGGAUCUUUCACUUCCUCGCAGGAAAAACAAGGGAAUUCUGUCCAUUUUGGAAUGUGGGGCGGGGAGAAAGUGUGGGAAGGUUGGGGUGGUCACUCUGAGAUGGAUGUGGGGUGAGGAGGAGAGGGAGAGCGACAAUUCCCAGCUGGAAAAGCCAACCAAAGCUUGGAUAAAUCCCUGUGAGGGACAGAGAUGUCCUGGUGGUCACAUGGAGGUGGGAAAGGCAGUGGAGAAGGUCCAAUCUCAGCUGGAAGAGCCACUGGAACCAUCUCAAAUAUGGGAAAGGGCUCUCUCCAAUUUAUUAUUGGCAAUAAUCCAUCCCCACGUUACAUGCCAAUAAUUCAUCCCUAAAAAAAAAGCGAUUUUCCAGCAAUUUUCAAGGCCAGGUUGGACAGGGCUUGGAGCACCCUGGGACAGUGGAAGGAGACCCUGCCCAUGGCAGGGGUGGGAAGAGAGGGAGUGAAGGUCCCUCCCAACCCAAACCAGUCUGUGAUUGCAAUCCAUGUGAUUCCAUGUGACUGUGAAUCCAUGUGAUUCCAUUCUAACGUUCUUGCCAAAUUUUUCAGAAAAAACACAUGAAAAAGUUGUAUUUACCAGGUUUUUGAUGAUUUUUUUGUUGCUUUUCCCAC